AGAGCGCUGGCUGCCGUUCCGCUGAGUGAGAAGGAGCCGCCGGCGCUGCUGUCUUCUGGGGUCGCGCUUGGAAUGUUGCGGCACCCCAACGUUCCACAGCCGAACGUCUGGACACCGCCGUGUCGCUCCCUCGAGCGCAGCCCGGGCUGCUGAGGCAGGCGGUUGCUUGCAACACGCUACGUAGGGAGCACGGAUUACAGCCGCAGCGACGGGGCCACCUCUGUGAGCAUUGCUGUCGGGCUUCGGUUCAGUUUCUUGUCUGCUUUCCAUCGCGGUGAAGGCGAAAGGCUCUGUGGCAACCUGAGGCGCAGCAUUUAAGUAGGAGAGCAUCGUGGGGAGCAGAGAUCUCGGGCCCGGGCGAUCGCACUGAAAGGCUAAGUGGCCAAGAGGAGGGCUGGCUCACCUAGGAGAUAGGCAUCGGGCUUGAGUUUAGGUGAUUGCUGAGGAUUAGUUUGUAUGUAGAAUCUUCAGACUAAAACUGCAACUGCUGCUACAGCUAAAUUGCUGCUACGUGUCCAGGAUUUUUUUCUUAAAUGUAAAUCUUCAUGGAUCAAGGUAAAACUUUCCUGUGAUUUGCUCAGCUUAGAAGGCUGCAUUCAAUAGACAAUUUCCUAUCCCAGCUCUCUUCUGAACAGCCUACUGAAGAAAGAUGAACAUGCUGAACAGCCACCACUUUUUGAACUUCUUGCGUACCACACGCCUUUUCAUCUUACUAGCAGCUUUGACAGCUGCUGAGGAUGUGACUAGUAGCACUUUAAAUCACACUGACAUGAACUUGGGAUCUGUACCUGUGAUUAUCUCCAUCGUUGACCAUAUUACAGUCAAGGAAGGGAAUAGUGCCUUGAUUGACUGCAAUGUCCAAGGAAAUCCUGCUCCACGUUACAAAUGGUACAAUUCCAAUGGUUGUUUGCUGAAGGAAGAAGAGAACAGUGGAAAAUGGUGGUUUCUUGACAAUGGGCUACUGAACAUUACCAGCGUGUCUUUUGAUGAUAGAGGUAAAUACACAUGUGUUGCUUCUAACAUGUAUGGCACUGUGAAUAAUACUGUGACUCUGAGGGUCGUCUUUACCUCUGGAGAUAUGGGGAUCUAUUACAUGAUUGUCUGCCUCGUAGCUUUUACCAUUGUUAUGAUCUUGAACAUUACCAGGCUGUGUAUGAUGAGCAGCCAUCUGAAGAAAACUGAGAAAGCAAUCAACGAGUUUUUCAGAACAGAAGGAGCAGAGAAACUACAAAAAGCCUUUGAGAUUGCUAAGCGUAUCCCAAUCAUCACCUCAGCCAAAACUCUUGAGCUUGCCAAAGUAACCCAGUUCAAGACCAUGGAAUUUGCUCGCUACAUUGAGGAACUUGCCCGAAGUGUUCCUCUGCCACCUCUCAUCAUGAACUGCAGGACUAUAAUGGAAGAAAUCAUGGAGGUGGUUGGCUUGGAAGAACAGGGACAGAACUUUGUACGGCAAGCAGCAGAAGGCCAGGAGACUACUGAUGGAGAUGAUAUGUUUAUGAUUCCUAAUGCACUAAAGCGCAGCGACUCUCCCACAGCUGACUCUGAGGCAUCAUCACUGCAUGAACCACCACAGCAGAUUGCGAUAAAAGUGUCAGUUCAUCAGCUGUCCAAAAAGGACUGUAUAGAUGACCAGUCACAAGACAGUGUGCAAUUAGAAAUUAAGGAAGAAGAGAUUCCUCAAACACCAGCAUCUCCUACUGACCCAAUUCCUGAUCCUUCUACUGAACUAAACUCCAAUGAUAUAGCAUUGGCAACUGACAAAAAUACAUGUUUUAUUUAUGAAAGCCAUGUAUGAUAAUUACUCUGUGAAUCUAUGCAUACCAAGAAAAUCAGGUGGAGCUCCUUUAAAAAUAGAUAUUGUACU